CAUGAUGCCCUGUGCUAGUCGCUAUACACGCGUAGCUCACAGUGCCAGUGCCAGACAGGUUGUCCCACUGCCUCGUCUGCUCUACUGAUGCCAAGCUUCUCCAUCCAGCCAUGUUCAGGCUACAGGCAGCGGCAGUGCUGGUUAUGGCGGCGCUGCUGACGGAGGGAAUCACGCCGCCGUCACGAAGGUUUCACAUCGGGGGCGUCCUGCACAACAACCACACACAGGAACACUUCACCAGGGCUCUGAGGAGAAUAAAUUUUGACGGAGUGUCGGUUGCGGAGCAGACGACGCUGUACGACGUGACUACUGUCCUGCGCGGGAGCCCUAUUACCGCCGCCCUUCAGGUCUGCCAGGCCCUUAUCUCUCAGGCUGUGUACGGGGUGGUGGUGUCUAGUCCCCCUGGCGGAUCCGUCACCACAGCUGCCGUGUCCUACACCUGCGGGUUCUACCACAUCCCCGUCAUCUGCACCCACACCAGGGACUCUGCCUUCUCCAACAAGAACAUCCAUGUGUCGCUGUUGAGGACGGUGCCGCCAUAUAGUCACCAGGCGGACGUGUGGGUGCGCCUCCUGAAGAACCUCCAGUACCGCCAGGUUAUUCUCCUUCACUCCUCUGACACGGACGGCCGUGCUCUCUACACCCGCUUCCAGAGCCUCGCUCAGCACCGCCAUGACGAAAAGGGCAUCAAGUUGGUAUCUGUAAUAGAGUUCGCACCCGGUAAGGAGUCCUUCACCGAGGAACUGAUCAGCAUCCGUCAGGAGCUGGUCAAAGUUAUCCUGCUGUACGCAAAGGAGCCUGACGCGGAGAGGAUCUUUAAGAGCGCAGCCUCUCUCAACCUGACAGAGGCCGGGUACGUGUGGCUGGUGACUGAAGAGGCCCUCCAAGCCCACCACGUCCCCGUCGGCGCCCUGGGCCUCCGGCUUAGUCACGCCGAUGACUACGAGGCCCAUAUCACCGACAGUCUGCGCGUGAUGUCGCUGGCGCUGCGACGGCUGCACGAAACCCAGGAGGUGAUCCCGGAGCCGCCGGUCACCUGCGACGCUGAGGGCGGCUGGGACCACACCGGCUCCACUCUCUUCAGACUGAUGCAGGAGCAGGUACUUAUUGACGGACACACAGGUAAGGUGGCCUUUGACGUCAACGGGGAUCGAACCCAUGCUGAUUACUCCCUCCUUAACGUCCAGGACCAACACCAGGACCACCUCGUCUUCAGGAACCUUCAACACGUCGGAGAGUUCUCCUACGACAAGGCUAGUGACCAGAUGACGCUGGAGGUGAACAUGUCGAUGAUAGUGUGGCCAGGAGGCUCGUCCGUCGCCCCGCCUGGGUACUCCCUUCCCACACACCUCAAUGUGAUGACCAUCCAGGAGACGCCCUUCGUGUACGCUGAGGCCAUCAGUUCAGAGGAUGAGUGUGUAGCCUCUGAUGAAGAGCUUUGUCCGCGCCUCAACACCACCACCGGAGAGAUGGAGAAGAUGUGUUGCUGGGGGUACUGUAUAGACCUCUUGCACACCCUCACUGCCAGGAAUGGCUUCACGUUCAACCUCACCCUCUCCCCAGACGGCCUGUACGGCGAGCGCAGGGAGAACCAAGAAGGAAAGAAGGAGUGGAACGGGAUGAUUGGGCAGCUGGUGAACCAGAGUGCGGGCGUCGACAUGAUCAUGGCGCCGCUCACCAUCAAUCCCGAGCGCUCCCAGGCCCUGCACUUCACCAAGCCCUUCAAGUACCACGGGAUCACCAUUCUCAUUAAGAGGACGCCCGUGGUGCCGGCCCUCGUGUCCAUCCUGCAGCCCUUCCACGGGACCCUGUGGCUCCUCCUGUUGGUCACCGUCCACGUCAUUGCUGUCGUCAUCUGGCUCCUGGACCGUCUCAGCCCCGUCUACAAGCUGGAGGGCGCCGAGACGGACUCCCUGGUACUCUCUGAGUCCUUCUGGUUCUCCUGGUCUGUCAUCCUCAACAGCGGACUCACAGAGGGUACCCCGAGGUGUGUGAGUGGGCGGGUGCUGGGCAUAGUGUGGGGAGGCUUCGCCAUGAUCAUGGUGGCCUCCUAUACGGCCAACCUCGCCGCCUUCCUCGUCCUCGACGCCCCCUCCACCACCAUCACAGGCAUCAGCGACGCCAGGCUGAGAAACCCUGUAGAGAACUUCACGUUCGCGACAGUGAGGGGGUCGGCGGUGGACAUGUUCUUCCGGCGGAAGACGGAGUGGUCCAACAUGUACCGCGUCAUGGAGGCCCAUAACUACCCCUCUGUUGACCUCGCCCUCCACGCCCUCCGUCAAGGGAGCCUGCAGGCGUUCAUAUGGGAGAGCUCACGCCUGGAGUACGAAGCCUCACGGGACUGUAGCUUGGUCACCGUCGGGGAGCUCUUCGGCCGCUCAGGUUACGGGGUCGGCCUGCAGAAGGGGUCACCCUGGGCAGACAAGAUCACUCUAGAUAUCCUCGAUCUUCACGAGAGAGGCUACAUGGAAGACCUGGACAAAGUGUGGAUCUGGAACGAUGGAGAGAUAUGCGACGAGGACCAUAAAGACGCGGACUUCUCAAAGCGUCUAGGACUGAAGAACCUGGAGGGUAUAUUCAUCAUGAUCGCCGGCGGCAUCUUCAGCGGCACCAUCCUUGUUCUGGGCGAGAUUAUAUACGACCGCUGCAAGAGUCGGGAGCCGCAGAGCCAGAGCGAGCAGGACCUCGCAGAGCACCCAACAACACCUGAAGACGACGCUACUGCUGGUGGCGACCUUGAGAAUACAGGGGCGCUAGAGAGCAGAGUCACGACCCAAGCAGAAGUGCAUCCUAUGGGAGACAAGAGCUGCUCGUCAACUGGGGACCAUCACUGUCACCCACUAGGGGACAAUUGCUACCACCCCGAGGAGGACCAACACGAUCACCCCAUGAAGAACAACUGCUAUGACUCCACAGGGGAACAGACAUGCCGCCUCACAAGGAACCAGGGCUUCCAUCCCACGGGGGAACAGUGCUGCCUCUCCACAGCUCUCGUGUCAACAGCCAACAGCGGCAUAUCGUCUACUGCCAACACAUUCAACACUAUGACCCAGAGACCCCGGCGUCAGUGUUCCACUGAGGACCAAACUCUCCUAUUGGACGUUGAGGAUAGGCUUAAGAACAGUCCCCACAUCCCCGAGGAGUGGAAGACUCGCACGCCGCUCCACUGGUUUCAGCACUACCUGGAGAUCCUCAAGAAGGACGCCGAAGCUGACGGCGCAACGAGCUCGCCCGAAGGUCUUGCUGUCAUGGAGGAUUUUGUGGAGUUCGUGAGACUGAGCGGGAUCAGAGACUUCUCUGAACUAUAUAUGGACGAAAGCAUUCCUGGUCAACCACUACAAGAAACUGAGGGCAGAUAUCAGGCUCGUGAAGAUGCCGUACGCCAUCCAGGUAGUGAUGAUGUUCACUUUAGGCAAGCUGAAGAAAUUACUAAUGGUGUAACACCCUUCGCAGCCCACGAACGUCAGGUGAAUCUACAGUCACGGACAUUGAUGACGAAAACUCUUUGUGAAAAGUUGCCAGAUGUGGUAGACAAAUGUAGUGAGAGAGAAGUGAGUUUACGUGAAAACGUAGACGUUGAUUUGUACAUUGAUGGUACAGACGGCGGUGGUCAAGAUGUUUCCGGAGUUGCAGUAAGCGACGCUCACCAGAAACCACUGAAGCACAAAGUUUCCAAACAAGUAACAAUAUAAACAAAAUCUCUAGACUUUCCCCCCCUUCCACCACCCCACAAAAAACGAAUAUUUGCAUGUUCAUGACAUAUAAACAAACUUGUGCUAGCUAAAUGAAGUGGGAUUGUGGGAUUGUGCUAGUAUAUGAGUGGGAUUGGGUGGUUAUAGAAUAGGAGCUGCCUCGUAUGGGCCAAUAGGCCUUCUGCAGUUACCUUUGUUCUUAUGUUCUUAUGUUCUUAUGUUCUUAAAUUGUAAUUAAUGGAGCAAUAUAUGUAUAUUUUACCGGAAUUUCUCUGAGGUCACCAUCUCUCUCUCUCUAGUGGCCUCGAGGGAAACAGGUUGUCUGAUGUCCCCACUUUUCUUGAUGACCAAGUUUGUCAUAUAUUACUUAGAUAAAGAGACAGGUCCUUUAUAAUGUUGUGUGGUCAUUGGUGGCUCACUUGAAGUGCUCAAGGUACACAAAGUCAUAUAGGUUUUUAUAUUCAAAAUAUUUACCUGAGGGCCACUAAUUCUAGUGGCCUCGGCGAGGACAGGAAGCCGGCGGCUUGUCAAAGGGGCCCCCACAUGUAACAAAUAUACAUACAAAAAU